AUGGAAUCAUCUUCGGAAGGUGCCAGUAAUACGAUGGAAGGAGAUUUGACGAGGCUCAAAUUAUUUCACGAAAUUAAAAACAUUUUAAAAAGUGACAAACACGACAUUUUUGCAAAAGUAGAAACCUUUUUAUCGAAAAGUGAGAAUUCCCGUUUUACGUUAUCAGAUGAAGAAAAAAGCCAAAUAUGUGAUACAGUGAAUAAAAUGAUACAAAGAUGGGAGGAUUGCAGCAAAAGAGUAGAAGAUAGAUUUUUGAAAAAAAACUAUGAUUGGUUACAAAAAAAUAUUGAGCUCAAAAAAGGUAGCCAAAAGGAAAAAACUAAUACAGAGCCAAGAGAGACGCAAAAUGACGAAAAAAAUUCAAUAACAGGUCGUCGAGAACUUAGUUUUUCCGAAUCUUCAGAAAGAAGUAAACGCAGAAAAACAGAAGAAUUACGAGCAAAGGUGUCAACAGAAGCUCUUUUGUACUCGGCAACUAGUAAACUGCGUUCGGAAGGUAACAUUGAUUUUGCAAAUGUGGUACGUUAUAUUUCCGAAGGAAGUCCUACAAAAGCUGCAAGAUACAGGAAAUCGUUGGAGUCUACAAAUGUACCUUUCACUGAAAACGAGGCUUUAUUAUUGUAUGUAGAACUUGGAUUAUCACAGAGUAAAUAUCAGCUGCUGCGAAAUGCUCAUAUGGAAAAAAAAUCACGGAUGUUUCCAGCAUAUAAAAAGAUCCAAAAAGCAAAGUUACAGUGUUAUCCUGCAACAGGUAUGUCAUUCACUGAAAAUGAAGCAGCAGUUACAUUGCAGUCUAUACUUAAUCAUACAAGUGAUCGCAUUAUCUUACUUAACAUGGAAGUUAUAAAAAUUUUAUCUGCAAAGCAACUUGAAAAUUUAAUCUUAAUUGUUAAGUGGGGCUGCGAUGGCAGCUCGGGCCAUAAUGAAUACAAGCACAAGCUUGAUGAUGAAACCGAUAGUGACAAACAUAUUUUUUUUACCUCUCUUGUACCAUUGCAACUUCUACACAUAGACACUGCUACAAUUAAGUCUACAGUAGUCUGGAAAAAUCCGAGACCAUCAUCCCCACGAUACUGUAGACCUAUCAAAAUACAAUGUGCAAAGGAAUCAGUUGACUUGACAAAAAAAACAACAGACGAGGUGGAAGAUCAAAUACAAAAUCUCGAUGCGUUUGAAACUACUGUUGAUGGGACAAUCGUGCGUGUCAAAAAGUUGCCAGCAAAACUGAUGAAGUCUUUGUCAGCAGAUACAAUUGAUUUACUGUUGUCUCCAUCUAUUGAUGCGGAAGAAGUGUUGGAAAGUACUGAUUGUAGUUCGGCCUCUGAGACAGAGACAGAUGUAGAUGCUGACGAUCUUGCUGAUAACGAAAAAUUUUUUAUGUAA